AUGGAGGAUAAAAAGCAGGCUUUGAUGCAAGUAAUCAGGCAAGAAUUAGCAGUAGCAAAUGCUACAGAGCUUAUUGGAAAAUUAAAUGAAACAUGUUAUGAUCGCUGUAUUCCUAAGCCUGGAAGCCGCUUUGAAAGCUCAGAACAAACUUGUAUUUCAAAAUGUAUAGGAAGAUAUAUGGAUGCUUGGAAUAUUGUAAGCCGGGCAUAUAUUUCUAGGAUUCAAAAAGAGAAGCAGGCGCAAUCAUUAGGAUUAAAUAAUUAG